GUGUUUUAAGCGAGUCUAACUAAAACCAAAUAAAAGUGAAAAUGAAUAAAAACGUGAUUGUAUUUGUAACCGUAGUGGCUGCCACUGUUGCAUUAUGCAUUGCUGCGCCGGCUUCCGACAAUAAUGGCAAGUAUACAGUUUCAGGUCAUAUCGAUGGCAAAUACCAUCCGGCAAAUGAUGGCAAAUAUCAUCGAAAGUCAACCAAUGAAGGCCGAUCAGGCGGUUACUACGAUUCAGUUGGUCGCUAUGUGCAUAUGCCUCAGCCUUAUGUGCAUGUUGAUGAUAAUCGCGAUUUAGGUAAAUAUGUGCAUAUACCCUAUCCCUAUGAUGGUGGAUAUGGACCAUACAACGGCAGCAAUAUACCCUAUAAUCAUGAUCCCCGGCCCUAUGUGCAUGACGACAGGCCUUAUGAUCACAAUUUGUACACAUCCACGACCACCACUACCAAGAAACCCACAACGACUACCACUACCACUACAACUACCACAACCACUACGACCACCACACCACGCAGCGUUCUCUUCAAUUACGAUGAUGAGGGCAAGCAUAAGAUUUUGCACCAGGAAAAUGAGCGCAAGCAUAACAAAUAUGAUCAUGCCUUCUUAACUGAAAAUGGCAUCUAUGGUGAGGAACAAGCUAAACUGCAUCACGAAGGUGGUACCCAUGCCAAGGGCUAUUAUGAAUAUACCGGCGAUGAUGGCAAACUCUAUCGUGUCAACUAUAAGAGCACCCAUGAGGGUUUUGUGCCCGAGGGCGAACACAUUCCCACACCACCUCCAAUUCCAGAGGCCAUUGCCCGUGCCCUUAAGUAUGUCGAUGACAAGCGCAAGGCCAAUGGCGAGAAGCCUUUGUUCGAUGAACGCGGUUUCCGCAUUGAUCACAUGAGCAAGGAUAUGGUCAAACAAAUCAAGGCCAUUCACAUUGAGGAAAUGCCCCGUGAGAUAGCCGAUCAAAUUCAUGAACUUCAACUGGAAAUGGAUGCCAUCUAUGGCAAUAUCGAUGAGGAUGUUUCCUAUGAUUACAACUAAUCUCAUCUUGAGAUAGUUUUUUUUUUGUAGUGUUUAGCUUUUAAGAGGAGAAAAAAGUCAAAUUCAUAUUCCAAGGCCAUAAGUGUUGGCAAAAAACACUUUUUGUUAUUUUUGUUAUAUGCAAAAUUUCAGUUUUUUUUUCACCAAUUGCCAUUAAGGCCUCAUCUCAGAAUCACCUACAACACCCCCUUAAUGUUCCUCCCUUUCCUUUUCCCAUCCCAUUGUGUCCAUCUCCUUGCCAUCAUUACAACUCAUAACUCAAAAAAAAAGAAAGGACAAAAAUCCCCAAAUGCUUUAAAAAUGAAGAGAAGAAAAUGUUAAAGUCUCUAGUUAUUAGUUAUUUAUCAAAA